AUGGGUCAGGCGAAUGCAACACUGCCAGAUGAUCAUCGACCAUCAUUUGAAUCUGACAGCGUCUGGGAUGUUGCCGAGCUAAAUGCACCAGUUCUUGAAGUUAUUUCUACCGACCACUCUGAUCUGACUCACUGGAUCGACGCCCUGGAGAUCUCUCUGUGCAAGCGCUUUAAGAACUACACUGUCGAGGGCGGUGUCUUCGAGAAGCGCAUACUCCAGACUUGUCAUGACUUGAAGUCUUGCUUCCAUGAUCAUGUAGUAGCAUCGAGGCUACUCGAUGACCUGGCUCAGAACUUGCAUGAUCGCUUUGAAGCUGUCCACAGGCCUGCCUGCGAUCCCGGAGAUGCCUAUGAUACGUGGGCUGCCACAGACGAUCUCAACGAUGCCGUGGAGGCGAAACAUCGUGCUGUUGCAUUCACACCUCCCAGUGGGCCUACGACGCUCAGCAGGAUGUGGAGUCUUGGGAGGUUUCUUUAUAGUCGUUCUAUCCAUCUGAGAGGCCAUCAGGACAUUGAGAACGUGGUCCAGAUAGCUCGCUGGUCGUUGGACUUGAGUCCUGAUUGGGCACCAGAUAUGGCAACCCGCCUCGCAAUGCUUGGGGCAUCCUUGCACAUCCGUUUCAAACGGCUCGGAGUGUUACAGGAUGUCGAGGAUAGCAUUUCCGCUACGCGCCAGGCUCUCAAGCGCACUCACGAGUCUCAUCCGGAAAGAUCAAGCCAUCAACGCAAUUUCGCGAUCGCUUUACACACUCGCUUCCUACGACUGGGGGUGGUGUCCGAUCUCGAAGAUGCUAUACUCGAGAUGCGCCGAGCACUUCAGCUCUGUUUUAAUCAUCACUCCGAUGUUCCAGACCUACUCGAAACGCUUGGAACGCUACUGCACUGUCGAUAUAUGCACAUGGGCAAGCUCGAGGAUCUGGAAAGCUCCAUCUCAUUGCAUCGACGUGCGAUGAUUAUGACCCCCAGGUACCACACUGAUAUGGUUACGCGCCUUGGAAGCCUCGCAAUCUCGUUGCAUUCUCGCUUCCAGACUCUGGACGAUCCUCAGGAUAUCGAAGAUGCCAUUUCGUUCAUCGAGGACGCCAACGAACUGGUUCCUAGCCCGGAUCACCCAGAGCGCCCGAUCCGACUCGACAGCGACGGGCUGUUCAAACAAAGCCGGUACGCUCGCUUUGGCAACUUGUGGGACAUUGAGGCUGCCAUGGACGCGAAGAACCUGGCCAACAGCUAUACCCGCGAGGGUCAUCCGGACAAGCCAAUGCGUCUCAUGAGUCUUGGAAUAUCUCUGCAAGCUCGGUUUGAGCACCUCGGCGAGAUCGAGGACCUGCAGGACGCUAUUUUCAAGAAGAAUCGCGCCGUCGAGCUUACUCCCGACGGGCACAUCCACAAAUCAGCUUGGACGAGCAGCCUCGGCAUCUCAUUGACCAGUCGUUUCCGUCGCUCAGAAGAUAUAGACGAUCUGGAGCGAGCGAUCUCAUUGCACCGCACAGCGGUUCAGCGCACGCCGCAAGAUCACCCACUUACACCGGAUCAUCUGGAGAACCUUGCGAUUGCUCUACAUGAGCGCUUUCUUCAUCUAGGAGAGCUUGAGGACCUCAAGAGCGCCAUCGAUCUCAAACGUCGUGCGGUAGAUCUUACCCCUGAAGGUCAUUUCAAGAAGGCAAUCCGGCUCAAUAGCCUCGCGAUGUCUUUGGGACGCCAUUUCAUGCUUUCGCAUACUUUUGGUGAUCUUCAGGAGAGCAUAUCAGUUAACCGCCGUGCGCUUGUUCUUGCUCCCGAUAAUCAUCCCAUCAGAUCAGCUAUCCUCUUUGACCUCGGCCUUUCACGGGAACAGCUUUUCAAGCUCACGCACGACCCUUCAACCAUCGCAGAGGCUGAAGCAGCCUACAAGGCCUCAGCUCUUCAUUCGUUUGGCGCGCCGUCGUCGCGACUUCGGAGUGCAAUUCAUUGGGCUGAAACGGCAAGGAAGUACUCGAGCAAUAGCUUGCCGAUCGAGGCGCCUUUACUCACGGCACAUGCCUGCAUCAUGAACACCUUGCGGGAGGUCGUCUGGCCAGGGUACGGUAUCCGGAGACGCUUCGAGAAGUCUGCCGAGUUCGGCGCAUUGACUGGUGUAGCCGUAUCGACUGCAUUGAGCGCGGGUGCCCUUUUGGAAGCACUGGAAUGGCUAGAACGUGGACGAACCCUCAUCUGGUCUGAAGCGGCGUCUUGGCGACGACCUCUCACCGAGCUCGCGAUGCAGCAUCCCGACGACGCCGACUUCCUCAAGCUGAUCCUGAGGGACCUCCGAUACUUCGGCUUUUCACACAACGUCCCGAAUAUACCGAUAGGCAAAGCUGAAAGAACAGGCCGCGAGCCUGGACUGUCUGACUCUGAUUACAUCAGGCCAACGUAUGUCGAAUACGAGGAUAAAGUGAAAGAGAUCCGCAGUCUACCGGGCUUCAAGGACUUCAUGAUCCCCUCGACGUCCAAAGAGCUUGUUGCACGCUUUUCCGCACAAGCAACGGGAUCCGUGGUCUUCUUGAACAUUCACGCUUCCCGAUGCGACGCCAUCACUCUCACACCUGAUGGUGCUCUCAGGCUGGUGGAACUACCCGACCUGACUUUACGAUACGCGACGUCUUUGCGACGAAUGUGGGUCGAUAGUCUGAGAGCACGUGGGGUUCGUCUACAGCGCGGUGAUCGAGCGACAGCGCACGUACAAGAUGAGGGCGACGGUCUGAAUGAUUCCGAACGGGUCCUGCGAUACUUGUGGCUAUGGGUUGUACAUCCUGUUCUUCAAGCUCUCAAUCUCAUGAAGACCGACAUCAACGUACCAUUGCCACACAUAACUUGGUGCCCGACCGGUCCCUUGACGCAGCUACCGUUGCACGCAGCCGGGAUCUACACAAAGGGAGCCCCACGCGUGUUCGACUUCGUCGUAUCAUCCUACACCCCCUCGCUUUCCGCUCUUCAGCGCUGUCGCGAUGGGAUGCGCGCGCCCUCCGAAGUACCAAAGGUGCUACUCGUCACGCAAGCGAACACUCCCCGGCCCGGCUUGUCUCCGCUGCCCUGCGUGAAGAAUGAGACAGCGGCUAUCUGCAGACACCUGCCCUCCGGCGAAGAACAUGCCAUCAUGGAGAGAGAGCAGGCGACCGAGAGGGGUGUGCUGUCUCUCAUAGGAAACUACACCUGGGUGCACUUCGCAUGCCACGGGUCCCAGAACAAGCGCGAUCCCUCCCGCAGCGCGUUCGAGCUGCACGACGGACCGCUGACGCUCUCCGCAUUGAUGACGGCCGUCACCGAUAACGCAGAGAUGGCGUUUCUAUCCGCGUGCCAAACCGCGAUGGGAGACGAGUCGAUAGCGGAGGAGUCCAUGCAUCUCGCGGCGGGGAUGCUCACGCUCGGGUUCAAAGCCGUCGUUGCGACGAUGUGGUCUAUCAACGACGCAGACGCGCCUGUCGUCGUCGAGGCAUACUACAGGCGGCUGAUCGAGCUUCGUAGUCAUGGAGAGGUCGGACGUGGGCAGACCGGCGCCGCAUACGCCCUUCAUGAGGCUGUCGCGCGUCUUAGGGAGAAGGUCGGGGAGGGAAGAUUCGAGCGAUGGGUCCCGUUCGUGCAUUUCGGCGUGUAA